AUAGUUCAAAUGAAAAUGGCAAAGAUGGCGGCGCCCGUGGCGGAACGUGGGCAGGAUGCCUUUAAGAAGUUAUUCAAGUUUUACAAACGCCGAGUGCCGCCUCCCCAUUUCAGCGACGUGAUAGACUUCGCAAAAGGUCUGAGAAACGAAAAGGUAUUUGCUGCUAAACUGAACUUGGCAGCUAUCAGUGAGAGGGAUGCUCAGGGGGCGGGACUUCGCCCCAUCAAAGACUGGAAUGCCUAUGGUCUCGAGGGAUAUCCAGGUUUCGUCUUCAUCUCAAACCCGUUCCUUCCUGGCUCACAGCAGUACUGGGUGACACAGGGUCUCAAGGUUUACCCGCAGAAGCCCAACGUCUGCAAUCUGGACAUACACAUGCCCCCGGCGGAGACCAAGAACAUCUGGGAGAGGAGUGCUGAACGCAUCCGGAAUAAGAGUGGCAGUAAAUCAGAAGGCAAGACACUACUGGAGAAGCUGAGAUGGGUCACUCUGGGGUACCACUACAACUGGGACACGAAGACCUACUCAGCCGAGCGUCACACCGCCUUCCCGGCAGACCUCGCUAAGCUGUCCGGGCACUUAGCCGCAGCCUGCGGUUUCCCGGGCUUCCGGGCCGAGGCGGGGAUUCUGAACUACUACCACACAGAUUCGUCGCUCGGCAUCCACGUGGACGAAUCAGAGCUGGACCACAGCUGGCCCCUGCUGUCCUUCAGCUUCGGACAGUCCGCCGUGUUCCUGCUGGGCGGAGCUAAGAGGGAGGACGCCGCCACGGCCAUGUUCAUGCAUAGCGGCGAUGUCAUGGUGAUGUCCGGCGCCAGCCGGCUGCUUUACCACGCCGUCCCGCGUAUCGUUUCUCCGCCUGCUGGAUUCCCCUCUCCCCUCGGGCCGCCUGAGGAGGACGCCCCGGAAGACUCGCUGGUCAGCAGGGUGUCGGAGGAGGACUGGGAGGUGUGUGCGCGCUACAUAGAGGCCUCUCGCGUCAAUGUGACUGUGAGGCAAGUCCUGGCUCCAGGUCAGCUCUUCUCGGCUGCAGCCAAUUCAGGGCCUGCGGUGCCCCCCUCUGGCGAAUCGUACCACCAAGAGGAGACGACCAGGGAUGAGAACUCAAAACCCAAAAGGAGGCGGAGCGGCUGCGAGCACUCGGCUGACUCGUGACGGGAGCCGAUCCUUUGGGCCUUUUUCACCCAGAACCGCAUAAUGACCGGAGCCACAGCCAGUCAGCAUGGUCACCGUGGUGCCCUUGACGUAAUUUAUUUUCAGAAAAAAUAUUUAAAGACAACUAUUUUACUCUAUUGUGGUUAUGUUUUUAAAGAAAUGCAAGUGUGACUCAUUGGUUGAGUCUUUUCAAAUGCAAGUGUGACUCAUUGGUUGAGAUUUUACCGGCAAAGAUUUCAUUAUGUUAAUAUAAUGUUAAUCAAAAUCCCACCACAAUAAAGGUUUCUUUGAGGUUUAA